ACAUUUCCCAUGAUGCAAGUUAAAUAAAAAUGUCUGCGCAUCUGCGGCAGGACAAGCUCUUUGAUUGAAAAAAAAAUCCAAUUUAAUCGAAGAAAGCAAUCUAGAAACGAAAAUAAUUUUUAUCAAAUCAGUUACACGAAGUGUCAUACAUUCGUUUGGUAGUAAAUUCGAACGGUUUCAUUAUACAUCUUUAGCGGAAAGAGUGCACUUAGUUGCUAAAAUUUUGACCCUCAUUUGUCAGCGACCUCUCGUGAUCAGAAUGCUGACGUAUACAUGGGCAUAAUGGAGUCGGCGUAUGCUUUACGCGGGACUUGGUAAAGACUAACAACGAGAAGCAUUUUGGGCCAAAAGGUGCGCUUGGGCACUUCUUGUGAAUUAUCAUCAGGAAACCCUUUCAGGAAGAUGCGGUGACGAGCAACUGCCCACCCGUGGGUCGUGCAGGACCACGGCAACCGCGUAGCGGUGCCCAGCUUGCUGGCUGUGGACCGUACCGGACGGCAAGCCGGCAUUGCUCUCGACCCCGUACAUACAGAGGACGGUGGACGGACGUGCAGUGGUGGUGGCUGACGCCUGACGCUGGAUAUAGUCAGGCGUCGAAGUUUUCACAGGUGUAGUGUGUGAAGCAUUUGGAGACAUCUUUGCUGUUCUGUAUGCACAUGCUGUAGUGAACAAUGCCAGGGCCAAGACAGUCUGGCAGCAGUGGACGGGGCUAUCGCGACGACAGCCCUGCAAACCCCAACCGGGCCCGGAAGCACAAGAAAUCCUCCCGGCACAAACACAAGCGCGACCGAGAGCGGGACCGCGAUCGGCGGGAGCAGGUGCCCCCUGUGAAAUCCUUGGUCGGCUACGAUGACAUCAGCAGCGACGAGGAGGAAUACCUUAGCCCUUCCCCGCCUGUCCAGUUUGUCUCGGAGACGAAAGCCCCUGCCGUCCACCGUGCCGUCUCGCCGGCCACGGCGCUGAAGGAGUACAGGAACAGGCAGGAAGAGCGCAACUCGCCGCUGGUGCAUGGGCGCUCCAGCGGCAGGGCUUCCAGGCAGCCCUACAUCCCAGCAGAGCCCCCCAAGGCCUAUAGGCACCAGUCACCCACGAACCCACCCAGGGCCUACAGGGCCUCACCAGAACCAGUCCGUAUGGUGGAGAGGAGGCGGUCGCGUUCUCCAAGGCACAAAUCCCCGAGCCCUGCUCGGAAGAGACGCUCCGAAAAGAGCCAACGGUCACGGCGUAGUCCUAGUCCAACCCCUUCCAGGCGACGUAGGUCAUCUAGAUCCUCCAGUAGAAGUCCUAGUUAUAGGAAGCGGUCACGGCGAUCCAGGAGCCGAAGCAGAAGUCCAUACCGUUCCCGAUCCCGAUCCAGUUCCCGCAGCUUCCAGCGGCGCCGCAGUCGCAGCCGUAGCUUUGAUUUUUCCACAGCCAAGUUUAAAAUGGGCUUGGGCUCUGAGCUCAAGAAGAACACCAAACGGCUGGCAGAGAGCAAGGUGGCUAGUAACCCACCGGCGAGCAAAGGGUCAACCUCCAGGAAGGUCCUGUCACAGGAAGUCCAAUCACCUGCCACCCCAUCACCCUCCUCGCAGCCCUCCACCAAGCCCUACGCAGCCAGCCCCAUCAAGGUCACCAUCAAGAACGAGGCGGCCCUCAGCCGGGUCAAGGCAGAGGAGUCUCCCCAACGGACGGUUGUGGAGGUUCCUGGGGGCAGCCGCAAUCAGCCCUUCCAGAACCUCCUGAUCCGGAAGGAGGUCAAGCCGGAGGCUAAGAAAGAAGUUCCCCCGCUGCCUUCCCCAGCCUCCGCCACCGCCAAGCCACUGCCUCAGGUCACUACCCUCCCUCCUCUGCCUCUCCCGCCCAUGAUCGACGAGAAGAUCAGCAGCACCCCACCAGCCCCAGUCAAGGAGGAGAAGCCGCGUCCAUCCAUCAAGGAUCUCCCGCUGCCGCCAGCAGCGCCCAAGUCGGCUGCAGUGGUGGCCACUUCCCCGCGGCCGACACCGGUCGUCGCCCAUCCCAAGGUGGCCAGGGAGGUCAAACCCACCAGCCGGGAGAGGGAGAGGAUCAAGCGGAGGAGGGUGGAGCAGAUGGCCAGUGGGCUGAACUGGGGCAAGCGCUGUGUGGAUGUCUUUGAUAUAGUGGAUCAGGUUGGCGAGGGCACAUAUGGGCAGGUCUACAAAGCCAAGGACAAACAAACAGGGGAACUUGUGGCACUCAAGAAGGUGCGCACUGACAACGAAAAAGAGGGCUUCCCCAUCACGGCAGUUCGGGAGAUUAAAAUCUUGCGACAGCUGAACCACCCCAGCGUCGUCAAUCUCAGGGAGAUCGUCACGGACAAACAGGAUGCCCUGGAUUUUAGGAAAGACAAAGGUGCCUUCUACUUGGUGUUUGAGUACAUGGACCAUGACCUGAUGGGCCUAUUGGAGUCGGGCCUGGUCAGCUUCACGGAGGAGCACAUCCGUAGCUUCAUGAAACAGCUGUUGGACGGGUUGAGUUACUGUCACAGUCGGAACUUCUUACACAGGGAUAUAAAGUGCUCCAACAUUUUGCUGAAUAACAAAGGGCAGAUCAAACUGGCCGACUUUGGUCUUGCGCGGCUCUACCACGCCGAUGACAAGUCCCGGCCCUACACCAACAAGGUCAUCACACUGUGGUACCGGCCGCCCGAGCUGCUGCUGGGCGAGGAGCGCUACGGCCCCGCCGUGGACGUCUGGAGCUGUGGCUGCAUCCUGGGCGAGCUCUUCACCCGCAAGCCCAUCUUCCAGGCCAACCAGGAGAUCGCCCAGCUGGAGCUGAUCAGCCGGAUCUGCGGCACGCCAGCGCCAGCCGUCUGGCCAGAGGUGAUCCGGCUGCCGCUCUUCCACACCAUCAAGCCCAAGAAGAACUACAACCGGAAGCUGCGGGAUGAGUUUGCUCUGUUGCCCAAGCCAGCACUAGACCUCCUGGAUAAAAUGUUGACCCUUGACCCCGAGAAACGUAUUUCAGCUAUGGACGCCCUGAACUGUAGCUGGCUGAAGACAGUCGACCCCAGCAAGAUAACCCCUCCAAAUUUACCGUGCGGACAAGACUGCCAUGAGCUUUGGAGUAAGCGGCGUCGCCGUCUUGAGAAACAACAGGCUGCCCAAUCCCAGUCUUCCAUCUCCAAGCGGAAAGAGAUGGGCCUGGGUCUCGUGUCCGACGAGAAUGUGAAGAUCCCAGGGAUAAGCGGCGAGGGGGAGUCAGCGCCCCGAUCCGGUGGAUCCAAGGGUGGCCGCAGUGUGCCCAGCGACGGCGGGGAGCCAGAGCCGCAGCCGCAAGAUGUGGCCGGAGGCAGCGGCGGUGGUGGGGGAUUGAAGUCCAGCGAGAAGCAACUGGCGGGGCUGAUGAGCCUCCUGCAAUCCCAGCCCACCUUGGAUGUUGACAAGCUGGCCGAGGCGUUGAACGUCAAGGUGGACCAGAGCACCAUCAAGCUGUUGGAGAACCUGAACAUGCAGCUGCUCAUCGCCGCGGCGGCCACCAGCCAGACCAAAGGUGGCGGCAGCAGCAGCGGGAGGCAGCUAAAGAGGAGAACCCUGGCCAGCACCACCUCUGCCCUGCUGGCCCUUUCCAAGGGAAAUGCUGGCACCAUAGAGGAGAAUCCCGGCAGCAGCACUGCCAGUUUGGACGCAAAGAGCAAAGAGAGGCCACAGGAGAUUCCCUCAACGUUGACGGAAUAUGUGUCGAACCUAUUUGGCAAGUCCACGGCUCCGGCCAAUUCUGUGGCUAACAGCUCAGCAGGAACAUCUACCUCUGGGAGUGCUGCCUCAUCUGUAGGCCAUCCGGUAGCAGAAGGUGGGAUAGAUGGUGGCCCAUUCAGGCCAACCGUAUCUAGAGGCAGCUCAUAUAACAGUCCUGUUAACAAAACCUACGGUGAGUAUGACUAUGAACCGCAUGAUAGUUACAAUACUAGGUACCAGCAUAGAGGGCCAAGCACCCCCCCGUUAGACCCUGAGAUGGGCAGGGUCGGGGAGAGGGGAGAGGGGGAGGGAUGGAAGCCCCCGACACCCUUGGGCCCACCACCUGAUUCCCCCGAAGUGGAGCAGGAGUCCCAGCAAGAGGAGACCACGUUGGUGACACCGGGUGUCAAAGCAGCAUUGAUGCAGAUGCUGAAGCAGCAGGGUCUUCCGGAGCUGGGUAUAACAGGUCGGGGAUCCAAUGAGGUCACGCCCACACUGUCCGAAAACCCCUCGGAACCUCCCGCCGGUCCCCUGCCCGACUCUUACGGCAACGGCGCUAGCGUGCAACCAGGUGCGACCAGCCCCAGCUAUGGGGGAAGCUCCAGUCUCAACUCUCGACUGUCAGCGAGCAACAGCGUGCCCCACCCACUGAGUGAGGAGCGUUCGACAUCGGAAUUCCGGGGCUACCACCAACAGAGAACAGAGGACAGAGGUGGGGGCUGGGCAAGCAGGACCGGCAACGGGGGACCGCGAGCGAGCCAAGGGAGCCAAUUUGGAGGGGAGCCCUUCCCACGAACCAGAGGCGGGCCAUCAUUUGAUCAAAGCUCCAACUGGAACUAGCUCUGCCCACUUAAAAUACAUACUCAGCUGUCACCGUACAAUUUCUAUUUAAUUGGUUGCGGAUCGUUUUCGUAAUUCUGUGUUCCCUUGUUCAGAACAAAAUCGAAGUGCACAGUAAAGAGUAAUUAACCCAUCAGCGUCACUACAACUUGUAAAAUGCAAAAUAUGUGGAUAUGCUUGGGAAAUGCAAUGAAUAUUUACUAAAUGCUUGAAAAUGUGAACGUGAUUAUGUUGUGGACCAGUUUACUCAUUUUGGCCACGCACAGCUAGCUGGAGAGGGAUUCCAAAAGAACUGUCCUGAUGAAAUCGAAACAUUUUUCAUUAAAAAGUAAUCAGACCAACAAUGUGCUUUUUAUUAAAAUGUCCCAUGCCGAAAAAGAGAAAAAUCCGCAGUGGCUUUUGACAGAGAUUGACAGGCUGAUAGGCGGGAGUGUUUAAAUUUGUACUAUUUUACUUUAUACUUAAAGCUGAAUUUGCCCUGAUCAGGUCAAUAUUCCGUAUCUUAUAUAAGUUAAUAGUCAGUGUGCUGUUUGCUGCGAACAGUGAAAGCCCAAAGAUGAAACGUAGUUUUAAUUUGUGUCAUAAUGCAUUCCUAUCAUUCUUGUAUUAAGGUCGCUCUUUGUUUUUUUGGCCCUCAUUUACAGUGUCCAUUCCGCUCAGAGAUAAACGAGUAAAAGUUUUUGAAUUGUGUCAUACACGCGGUUCACUGUCUCUCAGAGAAAAAGAAACAAGGGAAAAUGAAAAAAUGACCAGCGUUUUCCACGUCACACACGAGGAGUUUGGUCCUUGAAUUUUUUAUACGUGUUUAGCAGAAAUCCAGUCCGUGCAUCGAUAGAGGCAGCAUUGAAGGGAACUGUUUUGGACAAUUAGUUGGUGAAAUAUUGCAUACAUGCACCAGGCGAGAAAUUUUGUUCUUAAGAAAGGGAGAUCUGUUCUGAGGUGUAGUUUCCAUCAGAAAAUUAUAACUUAAAAGUUUUCUCGGGUUCACCCGAGCAAUGAUUUUGAAAGUUAAGGCCACAUCUUUUGGUGAAACGUCUACAUGGGUCGUGCAGGAGAAUAUGUGCGAUGUUCUGGCCAUAACUAUCCAGCGUUAUAAAGAAAAAAAAGCCAUUAAAUUUUAUAUACACGUACUUGUAUCACCAGUCUUGAUUUCAUUGGACCCUGAAAAGACCAGCGGAUCGUGCGUAAAACAUGGACAUUGUUAAUAAAAUGAUGAAUUUCCCGUGUCGCACGAAAAAAAAAAAAUCCUGAAAGAUUAUUAUCCCCGCUGUCUUUGUGCCCUCCCC